AUGCUCCCCUCCCCUCCUCCUCCUCUCUCCUCCUCGGCUUCAAGGUCGUCGUCGUCCUCAUCAUCAUCNUCUAUCCCCUCCCCUCCCUCCAAAUUUAUCCGCAAUGGCGUCGUCGUCGUCGUCGCCUUUCUCCUACUUAACCCUCUCUCCUCUUCCUCCUCCUCAGACCGACCCCUCGACACACAGACGCUCAUCAUCGCCGUCGCCGUCCUCGCCGCCGUCUCCCUCUCCCUCUUCCUCGGCUUCAAGGGGGAUCCGCUGCCGUGCGACAGGUGCGCUGGAAAUGGUGGGACAAAAUGUGUUUUCUGUACUGAUGGUAAAAUGAAGCAAGAAACCGGAUUAGUUGACUGUCGCGUCUGCAGAGGAGCUGGGCUGAUACUCUGUAAGAAGUGUGGGGGUUCCGGCUACUCCAGGCGCUUGUGAGAUGCAGCAGUCCUUAUUUCUUUUUGAAGGAAAUUUUUGCAUAUGUACCCUCAAAGUAUGCGUAUUUGCAUGUAUCCCUCCCAAAAGAGUUUCAAAGUGCACUUAGAUAUAGCCUUUAUUUGCAUGUGCACCUCUGGAAAUUAGCAGUUGUGUCUAUACAUUAGAAUUAACCCAAGUUUGCAUGCAUGCGCGCCUUUCUUCUUGAGAGUUAUUCAUGCUAAAAUGUCGGCAUAAGUGGUUAUUUCUAGAGACACUGCAACUUUCAGGGGCCACGCAUGCAAAUACGUGUUUUUUCAUGGAUAUAUAUGUAGAAAUCCCAGAGACAAAGCAGGCUCGGCAUUCAUGAAGUUCCAAGAACUACAUAUCGACAGAAGGCGGUUAGCUGCGUUUCGAGGUGCAACUGCGAAGAGUUUCUUUUUAGCAUGUGUGAUUAUUCCAAGAUGGAGGAAAAGCAAAAUGAAGAUGUAAAUGGGUGUUUUUUCUUUUGUAAUAUUUCUUCUUUCCAGCUCAAGGUUUGAUAUUAUUCUUUUUCCAUGUGAUUAACUUGCUCCCUGAAACGGAUUAUGAUUUUGCGCGAGAACACUCCAAACCACAAUUUUUCUUUUCAAUCUAAUCAGGAUUUGAACAGGGGGACCUGAAGCAUGAAA